AUGUCACAAAAUAUCACACCUAUUCCCAUCAUCAUGAUUGAUCGUUGGUCCAAAGCAAAGAGACCUUGCUCUCGAUUGUUGCUUUUAUUCACAACCAUCAUGAUUCUUGUUCUAUUCACAGUGUCUCCAUCCAUAUCUACGAGAUUCUCCAUCACCACUUCCAAACAUUCAUUUCUCAAUGAUUUAACUCCCUCUCAAAAACUCGAUCAAUUACGUCAACUCAUGAAACAAUACUCUAUUUGGGCUUAUAUCAUUCCUACCUCUGAUUCUCACAUGAGUGAAUAUGUUGCCUCGAGUGAUCAACGAAGAGCAUACAUUUCUGGAUUUGAUGGAAGUGCAGGAACUGCAGUGGUGACAUUGGAUUCUGCAUUGUUGUGGACAGAUGGAAGAUAUUGGCAACAAGCUCAAAAACAAUUAGAUUUUCGAUAUUGGAAACUCAUGAAAGAUGGAGUUGAUAUUUCAAUGACUCGAUGGUUAUCUUUGAAUGCGAUUGGAAAUGAGAGUGUUGGUGUAGAUCCUUCUUUAUAUUCUGUGAAUCAAUUUAAAGAAUUACAGAAUACCAAUGUUCAAAUUAAAUUAAUUUAUCAAAAUUUAAUCGAUUUGAUUUGGACUUCAAGACCAUCACCUCCCAAUGGAAAGAUAUUUCAUUUGGAUGAGAAAUUUUCAGGUCGAACAGCAAGUGAUAAACUUCUUUCCAUUCGAAAAUCAAUGCUUGCUUCAAAAGUGGAUAUUUAUAUUGUGACUGCUUUGGAUGAAAUUGCAUGGUUUCUCAAUUUACGUGGUUAUGAUAUUGAGUACAAUACUGUAUUCUUUAGUUAUUUGAUUGUAACCAUGAAACAAGUGUAUUUAUUUGUAGAUGCGAAAAAGUUUGAAAAUUCCAACAUUUCAUUGAAUCUUGAAAUCAUGGGUGUAACCGUCAAGCCUUAUUCUUCCUAUAUGGAAUUUGUAAUUGCCAUUACUGAGCAAAAUCAAACGAUCGAUAUUCCCUCUAUAACCACCUUUAUUGAUCCUCAAUUUUGUAAUUAUGCAACCUUUUCUUCCAUUCAAUCCAUCAUCAAAACAGGAAAUAGUUUCAUUCGUUUAGAAAAAGCUUACAAAAACGAUAUUGAACGAGAGGGAUUUAAAAAUUGUCAUUUACGUGAUGGAGCAGCUGUGGUUCGUUAUUUGGCAUUUCUCGAAGAUGCUCUCUUGAAUCAACAACAGAAAAUUAAUGAAUAUGAAGGAGCUCAAAUAUUAGAAAAAUUCAGAGCUGAAGGUGAAUAUUUCCUUCGUCCAAGUUUUCCAACCAUUAGUUGUUAUGGAGAAAAUGCAGCAAUUAUUCAUUAUUCACCUACUGAACAAGUACAUUCAGAAAUAUCUACGAAUAAUGUCUAUCUUUUAGAUAGUGGGGGUCAAUAUUUGGAUGGAACGACAGAUAUGACACGAACCGUACAUUUUGGUACUCCAACAGAUCAUGUCAAGAAAAGUUUCACACGAGUCUUGCAGGGACAGAUUGCAUUAAGUUCAUUAAUAUUUCCAGAGGGAUUUCCUGGAGAUAAGAUGGAUGUAUUUGCAAGAAAGGCGUUAUGGGCUGAUGGAUUAAAUUAUGAUCAUGGAUCAGGACACGGUGUUGGACAUUGUUUGGAUGUGCAUGAAGGUCCUCAUGGAAUUGGUAUUCCAGUGUUUGGAUUUAUGAAAACCUAUGAUGUGACAAUUGAGCCAGGAUACUACGAAGAAGGAAAUUUUGGAGUUCGAAUUGAAAAUUUAUAUUUGGUGAGGGAAAGUCAAACUCCACAUCAUUUCAACAACAAGACGUAUUUGGAGUUUGAGCAGAUCACAUUUUGCCCUAUUCAACCAUCCCUUAUUGAUAUCUCUAUUCUUAGCGAAAAAGAAAUUGAAUGGGUGAAUGAAUACAAUAGACAGGUCAGAGAAAAGCUCGAACCUUUAAUUGCACAAGACGCAUUAGCUGUGAAUUAUUUGAAGAGAAAUACUGUGAAGAUUGCUAAAGUUGACUCUAACUCUGGUGAAAGGACAACAUUGAUGGUUGUGUUGGUAUUGAUGGGGUUGAUUUUGGCCAUUUCUUUAGUGACAAAUAUUGUUUUUAUCAUCAUUGUACGAAAAAAACAAUCUCCAAGAUCAACAACAAAUACUGAAAUUCAACCUUUAAGCGAAGAGUUGGAAUAA